AUCAGAUUUUACAAUUCUUAUUACUUCAAAAAUUGAUAUCAAUUUCCUAUAUAAUAUUCUCUGCCCGCAGGACCGAACUCUUGAAGCACGAUCAGGUUUGUUAAAAGAUCUUCUCAUCAUCUGGAGUUCGGACAAUUACCCAGGUAAAUUGGAGUUUUUAAUAAUUUCGAAUUUUAUUGAUGUCACGAAAGUUAUUUCUUACAAGUAACGAUUAAUUCCAGAUUUCCAACGUCAAUUGCCCUCUCUCUGUUCUGUUCGGUGCCGCCGAAUUUUUUCCUCCCUCUUGUCGUCCUCCCUUUACUCUAAUCUUCUACGUCAAAGCUUCUUCUUGCUUUUAUCUCCGGACUAUUUAGUGUUGAUUUUGGUUUAGCCCAACGUAUUGGAGUCGAAUUUGAUGUGUCGUCUCUCCGAAUUCCAGAAAAUCUCCGGUCUUGGGUUCGUGAAGACCAAUUCGGGGGUGGAUUGCGUAAGGUAAUGAAGGAUUUGUGUGGAAAGACUGAAUUUCGUUCUGAACGUUCUUCGAAAGGUUCCUCUGAUAGUCCUGAUACCCUAGCUACUUCAGCCUCCUCGGAGGCCGGCGCAAGCAGCUAUAACCAGAAAAAGUCAUCUGUGUGGUUAGGCUUCUUUGUGUCUGCUUUCUCAGUAUUUGACAAUUCUAGUGCCCCAAGAGGGGAAAAUAAAGACUGUUGCACAAAAAAUCAUGGAUGGACUGUAAAUUUAAGGAGAGUUCUCAACAGUGGCUCAAUGAGGAGAAUUCUUGGACUACAUAAGACUGGCUGUUCUAGCUCUAGUGACAUAUGGCUUCUAGGAAUUUGCUACAAUGUCGGUGAAGGUAGCUCCCUUAGUGACCCAAGCCAGUCUGAAGGAUUUGCUUCCUUUGUGGAAGAUUUCUCUUCAAGAAUAUUGAUCACAUACCGUAAAGGAUUCACCCCUAUAGGAGAGUCUAAGUAUACCAGUGAUGUGGGCUGGGGUUGCAUGGUCAGAAGUGGUCAAAUGCUUGUUGCUCAAGCAUUGCUUUUUCAUCACUUGGGAAGAUCGUGGAGGAAAACUCUGGACAAGCCGAUGGAACGAAAGUACGUUGAGAUAUUGCACAGUUUUGGUGACUCUGAGUCAUCACCUUAUUCUAUUCACAAUCUCCUUGAAGCUGGUAAGACUUGUGGUCUUACUCCUGGGUCAUGGGUUGGUCCAUAUGCAAUGUGUCGCACAUGGGAAACUCUAGCUUGGUCUAGGAGAAAGGAGAAUGUGGAUGACGACCAUUUAUCGGUGGUUUCUAUAUAUGUUGUUUCUGGGGAUGAAAAUGGGGAGAGAGGUGGGGCUCCUGUGGUUUGUGUCGAGGAUAUCAGUAGGCAUUGUUUCGAGUAUUCAAGGGGCCAAGUUGAUUGGAUUCCUAUAAUUUUACUGGUUCCUCUUGUCCUCGGCCUGGACAAGAUCAACCCAAGGUAUAUUCCCUUGCUGGGAGACACUUUCCAGUUCCCUCAGAGUCUUGGUAUACUGGGUGGUAGACCUGGAGCUUCAACAUAUAUUAUUGGCUUGCAAGAUGAGAAUGCAUUUUAUCUAGAUCCUCAUGAAGUUCAGCAGGUUGCUGAAAUUGGGAAAGAGAAUCUCGAAUGUGAUACUUCCACUUACCACUGCAAGUAAGAUCGGAUUUAGGUUCCUCUUUCUUUGUAUUUUCCUCCUAUUCUUUUCCAGUUGGGCGACCUUCAACUUUUCUCUUGUUGUGUUUAUCCUUCCAGCGUUCUGCGGCAGUUUCCAAUGAGCACAAUAGAUCCAUCCUUGGCUAUUGGAUUUUACUGCCGUGACAAAAGUACGGGGACCUCUGUGGCUGAUUUCUUUUUCAAUUACAAUUUCUGGUCUAUUGGUGAUAUCAAAAAGUAACCAUAAAUUUGCCUAUAUUAUACAGGUGACUUCGAUGAUUUUUGUUCCCGCGCAUCUAAGCUAGCUGGCAAAUCAAAUGGUGCUCCACUGUUUACUGUGACUGAGAAAAGGAAAUCAAACUCCUGUGUCUCUCAUGAUAACAGCAAUAGUGUUGGGUUUUGUGAGCCUAGCUCCGAUGAUAUGGUGCUUGAAGGUGGAUUGGAGCACGACGCCAAUGAAGAUGAGUGGCAACUCCUUUGACUUUUUUUAAAAAAACUUUCAAGUCACCGGAUGAUAUACCUUUCGGCCGUAAAGUUGUACAUAAUUCAGUUUGUUGAUUCUUGUUUUCAAUCCGGUCUUUUGUGAUUGAGAACCAUUCUGUGGGCACAAAUAGACUGUAAUUCGACAGACAACGAAAUCUCCAAGAUAUCCGAAACUUGAUUAGUUUACCAUUUAUAUCUAUAUGAACCAUUUGCUCUUUAGGACUUAGGAGGAUGGUUGGCUACGGGCUCUUCUCCUCUUCUCUCCCUUUGCCCUUUCUGCUAAAAUGUUUUUCUACUUUUGGUGCACAUGUCUAUCAUUAAUUUAUUAUUAUCACACUCAAC